AACGACUGAUUCGGUUCAUGUACCGGCAGCAGGAGAGCAGAGUGUAUAUAUAAAGAAGGAGAGCUAAAGGAUUCAAUAUGGCCACUUCGCUGCUCUUCAGAAGCUCUCUUCAUCAUCAUCAUCAAUUUGGUCUCGCUAAACCAAACCCUUUCUCCCCUUCUCCUCCUUCAUCUUUCUCUCCAGCAGGCAAGGGCAGGUUCCCUUCCCUCAGGUCCAUUAAGAUGCAAGGGAGCGGCGGGGGGAAGAGUAAAGUGUUUGUUGCUGGGGCAACGGGGAGCACUGAAAACAGGAUAGUUCAUGAGCUGCUCAAAAGAGGUUUCGCAGUCAAUGUGGGGGUGGAUGACUUGGAGGUGGCCAAGUCCACUUUUGCUUGCAACGACCCGUCCCUUAAGAUUGAAGAGGUGGAAUUGACUGACCACCCUGAACAGUUGGACAAAGUAAUAGAGAACAGUAUGGAGGCUGUGGUUUGGGUCACAGAGGUUAUUAAGCCUGAGCAACAUUUGCCCCGAAAGGUUGACUAUGAGGGCACAGUUGACCUCGUUAAAGCUUGCAAGGAGAAACGCGUUGGUAGAUUCAUCCUCAUCAGUUCAUUUCUAUUAAAUAUAGCUGCAGCGGGACAAAAAUCUGAUGGUUGUACAGCGGGAAAAAAACCUGACGGUUGUACAGAGGAACAAAAACCUGAUGAUGGUAAUUUCCCCAACGCUCUCCACCACGCUCUCCACCAAGCCCUUCUGGCGGAGAAACAUAUCAAAACAUCAGGCAUAAAGUACACAAUCAUAAGGCCGGUCAGCCUCCGAGAUGAUCCCCAAAGUGGAAAGGGGCAAAAGGACAACCCUCUGCACAAGGUUUCAGUAUCCACGGGUCAGGUUGCAAAAUUUGCUGUGGAUGCAAUAUCUAAGGACAACACAGACGACCAGGUUGUUGAGAUUAUUGCUUAAGCUGAUGCUCCGAAGAGGCCUGUUUGAGGAACUCUUAUUGGUUCCAAUUAAGCAAGGUGAAAGCGCGGGUAUGAACUCUUGAAUGUAUACAUUCGAAAUAGAACUGUAUCACUUGCAUAUCUAGAUCUAAUACUGCAGUGGAUGAUGAAGCUUGAAAUGGAAUAAUUGUGUAUUUUCAUUAAAGAGUGGAAGAUUUCACUCCUUAAUUGCAUUGUAUUUCUUCGUUUGGUAACGAGAUUCAAUAAAGAUACUCGGCUAUCCCUCAAAGACUUGGGACAUUUUGAGCUUAA